UAUUCCAAAAUUUGAAUCCAACUACAUUGUAUUUAGUCCAAAUUUUCAUAAAAAUUCACAAUUUGAUCCCAAUAUUUUAAUCUGAAGGCUACAAAUUUGGGUUCAAAUUUUGAGCUCUGUUACGAUUCUUGACAAUGAUAUUUUCUUCACGGUUUCGACAACAUCAACAAAUGAUAUUUUCGUUACAAUGAAACAAGAUGGUGACUUGUCCCAUUUCUUUAAUUGUUUAGUUUUAAUUUUAUGUGCAUGGUGGCCCAUGAAUCAAUUAACUGUGUGAAUCUUCCGAACAAGUUACGGCUAUUUGAUGCUAGUUUAUUUACCACAUCAACUUUGGAUUUUCCUCAAUGAGCGUGUCUGUCUCUGUGUCUGUCCUCACUCUCACUUUCAUAUCUAUCGACCGGUGGUAUGCCAUCUGUUAUCCUCUCAAGUUCAAGAGCACAUCUGGAAGAGCCAAGGUGGCCAUAUUAAUCAUUUGGAUUACCUCUAUGCUCUUGGUAUUACCAGACGUCAUUGUUUUGGAUACGAAGUUACACCCGGGUUUAAAAGUAGAAACGCACUACUUGACUGAUUGUGCUUACACGUGGAGCGACGAUAACACCCAAAUUUAUCAAUUAGUUAUUGUUCUGAUAUUGUAUGUGGCACCCUUCGCUCUCAUGUCAGUCACUUAUUAUCAGAUUGCUCGUGUUCUUUGGAAUAAAAAUAUCCCCGGAAAUCGAAAUGUUAAGCGUACUGUUACAGUAACGCAAAAUACAAAGAAAGGAACCACUAGAUGCACAACAAAUCAAGAUUCAAUAGAAAGUCAGAUUCGUUCGCGAAGAAAAGCUGCAAAGAUGCUAAUCGCUGUCAUAGUCAUGUUUGGAUUAUGUUACCUCCCAGUUCAUCUCAUAAACACUUUAAGGUAUACAAUAGGGUUGCCACAGACACACACCACAGCAGCAGCAUCUCUUAUAUCGCAUUGGCUGUGUUACGCCAACAGUGCUGUGAAUCCCGUUAUUUAUAACUUUAUGAGUGGAAAAUUUCGAAGAGAAUUCAGGAAAUCAUUUUGUAUGUUAUUCACAAUUCAAGAAUCUGAAAUCAAUAGUCAAACACCGACUUUCAGAUCUCUGAAGAAGUAAUUUGAAAAUAUAAUUCCGAAUUUUUGGUGAUUUUUCUUUUCUUUUUGUAAACACGUGUGUAAAGAUGUUAAUUAUUUCAUUCAUGU